UCUGGAUGUGAGUUACCUUUGGCACACAAACCUCACCUGUACACAGGUUAUUUUAACCGGCCGAAGUAGACAGACAGCGACAUUAACAGGGAAAGUAGACAGAGAAGAGAAACAAGAGUGCCUUAUGUCCUCUGCCCAGUCUGAACAGAAGAUGGAUUCUGAAGUGGCUGAUUUUCCCAGUGGCCCGCUGGAUGUCUACAGGAAAAAAGCUUCUUUUAACUGGAAAGACAUGCUCUACUUCUUAGAAGGAGAAGAAACUGUGGCAUUUAAGAAAUACAUUUCAAAGACACUUGAGGAUGACCCUCUGUUUGCACGCCAGCCUGGUCAAGACAUCCCUCUGGAGAAAAUGAGAGAGCUGACCUUCCUCAGGGUGAAGCAGCUCUUUCGCUACGAUUUCCUGACGAAAGAAGAGAUGAUGGCUGAUCCCAUGAAGAUGCAGAUUUUCAGUGAUUGUCUGGGCAUGUAUGACUGGUCCUUAUCAGCCAAGCUCUUACUCAGCAAAGGGAUGUUUGGAUCGACUAUUGCCAACUUAGGAUCAGCAAGACACAGCAAAUUUGUACAAUCCGCUGAAGACAUGACGAUAUAUGGAUGCUUUGCACUGACUGAACUGAGCCACGGCAGCAACACCAGAGCCAUGAGGACCACAGCAACAUAUGAUCCCUCCACCCAGGAGUUUGUCAUCAACUCUCCAGACUUUGAGGCUGCCAAGUUCUGGGUGGGGAAUAUGGGUAAGACUGCGACGCACGCUGUGGUGUACGCUCAGCUCUACACACCUGACCAGGUGUGCCACGGCCUGCACUCCUUUGUUGUCCCGUUGAGAGAUCCCAAGACCCUGCUAGCUCUGCCUGGUGUGCUGGUUGGAGACAUGGGCAAGAAGCUGGGCCAGAAUGGACUGGAUAACGGGUUUGCUUUGUUUCAUAAUGUGAGGAUCCCUCGGGAGAAUCUACUGAAUAGGACUGGAGAUGUAACUCCUGAUGGCAGAUACGUGACACCCUUCAAGGAUCCCAACAAGCGUUUCGGGGCGUCUCUGGGUGCCCUGUCAGGAGGCAGGGUGUCCAUUACCAGGAUGUCUCUGAUCAACCUGAGGCUGGCUCUGGUCAUCGCCAUUCGCUUCUCAGCCACCAGGAGACAGUUUGGACCCAAAGACACAGAGGAGAUUCCUGUUUUGGAGUACCAGUUACAGCAAUGGCGUCUGAUCCCGUACCUGGCAGCAGCGUAUGCUCUUCAAAACUUCACCAAAUCCAUCUUCAUGAACUUUGUUGAGUUCCAGGUGGGACUGAUGAUGAAGGACAACAGUGACAGACAGGCAGAGAUGGGCAGGGAGAUCCAUGCUAUAGGCUGCUCCAGUAAACCACUGGGCUCGUGGACUGCACAGAGAGGGAUCCAGGAGUGCAGAGAGGCCUGUGGUGGACAUGGAUACCUGGCCAUGAACCGGCUGGGUGAUCUGCGUAAUGACAAUGACCCAAACUGCACAUAUGAAGGAGACAACAACGUUCUACUGCAACAGACCAGCAACUACCUGCUCAGCUGGCUGCAUGCUAAACGCCGCGAUGGUGUGCGGAUUGAGUCUCCUCUGCACACUGUGGAUUUCCUCAAUGAUUUCCACAAGAUCAUGGAAAGCAAGUUUACAGCCACAACGAUGGAAGAGGUUAUGGACUCUGCAGUGCCUCUGGCUGCCUAUAAGUGGCUCGUUUGUUUCCUGUUGGAAGAGAGCCAGAAGAGGCUGGCUGAGCAGAGCGCUUCAGGAAAGGGAGACUUUGAAGCCCGUAACAACAGCCAGGUGUACCACUGUCGUUCCCUGGCCAUGGCCUACAUUGAACUCAACUGCCUCCAGAGGUUCCAUGAGCUGACUACUGAUCAGGACACUCCAGCUGGUCUCAGACUUGUGCUAAGCAGACUGUGUGCCCUGUAUGGACUGUGGAGCCUCAGCAACCACAUGACCACACUUUACCAGGGUGGUUAUUUAAGUGGAAGGAUGCCCACAGACUUGGUCCAGACGGCCAUUCUCACUCUCUGCUCACUGCUGAAAGAUGAUGCAGUAGCACUGGUGGAUGUUUUUGCACCUUCUGAUUUCCUUCUCAACUCACCUAUUGGCUACGCUGAUGGACAGCUUUACAAGAACCUGUGGUCGACAGUGAUGCAGGGCAGCCAGGUGCUGGAGCGGCCCUCCUGGUGGAAAGAGUUUUCUUCAGACAAGCCUGGCGUCGGAUUCCUCCGCCCGAAACUCUAGAACCGCCUCUGGACUACAACCAUGGAAAAGUGUCUGUGAAAUUCUAAGUGCAAUUCAAAAUGUCCUGUACAACAUGAUGGCCAAAAUCUGACACACUUUAUCCUGGAAUCCUGCCCACCGUUAUGAACUCUGAAACAAUUUUAGAACUUUUAAACCAAUAACCAGUCCAAUGCUAAAACAGAUUAAAAGAUCUUAACACAGUUAAACUAAUGGACCGGUACAACCCUGAAUCUUGAAAAAGAAAAUAGAAAAUUAAACCAUACCCCAACUUUUUCAUCCUUUCUGAAACCUGCCUGCCAGUGGGUAGGGGUAGGGUAAGACCAAAAAAAUAUUGUUUUUAAUUUUUAUUAACUGAUGUAGUUUCGGUUAUGUAUUAGCCACACGCUAAACAACCACAACUGCAGAAACUGGAAGAAGUUACCUUUAAAAUAAAUCUUUGCACAUGCAUUUUGGCCUUCCAGUUAUAAGAUUUGGCUCAAUUUUUUUUUGUCUAAUCCUAACCCUGGGGACAAUAUGGCAAGUACAAACCUAGCUUGAAAAACUAACCCUCAUUAUCCAACAGCCCAAACACUGAUAUGUUCCUUUUUCUUUGAAACCACUGCCAACAAAACACUGUCUGACCUUCGCUUGUAUGCUGACAUGUGUUAAGGAAACCGGAUACUAUGUUAUAUGGUGGCACCCCAUUCAUUCCAAUGUACGAUUAGUUACUAACUGGGCACAUACAGCAAAAAUGUCAUCAAACAUCCAUAUUUGAGUUUGUUUGUUUGUUUUUCACUGCAGAAGGGAUGAUUUUAUUUGUUUUUUGUAUUUCAACACACUUCAUGGGUGUAAUGAUUAAUAUUCACUAUCAUCUGUUCUAUAACAUGUCUAUGGUUAUGUGAAUUAUGCUUUUUUUUUUUUUUUUUAAAUAGCAAGGGUUCCAGUAUAAUUAUGUUUCAGUUAUAUUUGAAAUCAUAAAUCAACAUUAUGGCCAUACUGCAUUACUGCACAGUUAACACAAUAUAACUUUGCAGUGUUAACACAUGAUCUCAGCCCAUAUUAUUGUACAACAAAUAAGAAACCACACAACUGCACAGAGAUUUUUCUGAUUAUUUUUAUACAUGAUUUAUGUGAAAUGUAUCAUAUAGGAUGUAAUAUUUUAAUGAAUCUGAAAAUUGUGUGAAUCUGUAGAUGAUGUACAGUUCCACAUGACCCAGUUAAGAACGAUCACAGUUGUUGAAGUACAGUGUUUUAAUAUAAACUCAAUGCAAAUUAAAUAUAUUUUCUAAUGCAA